CAGGGACUGAGGGAACAGGAGAGACAGUCUGCACCCUCCUCCACAGACUUGCUGCUGUGAUAGAGAGCAAACGAUAAUGAUCAACACACAGGAUCUAAAGACAGUAGUCACUUGAGGGGAUUGGCGCAUUUCUACAAGAUCAAACAAAAGUGAAUCAGAGGCCCGGGAAAAAGACUUGAUCACUUUGAACUAUGGACUCUUUGAAAAGGUGGACUCCGCACUCCGCCUCCCUGCACCUUAAGACGGAGCACAAAAGCUCUCCUGCUAACACCCGCGACUGCGAUGGCAAAACUACACAAGAGGGAAAGUGACACCGCACAUAACAACAAAUUCAUUAUUUAAGUAUUUGCUUAAGUCAUGAACUCAGCUCAGCAAUUGGUCCGGUCCCAGAGGGACUUGCUGCUGAAGUGGACUCUUGACCACCCAGCACCCUUACUGCGCUGGCUGCAUGAUGCCGAGGUGCUGUCCUCGGCCCACUACCUGUCUUUGCUGGAGAGGUCACCUUCCAAUGGCGUGGCCCAGGCUCUCGAGAUGGUGUGUGCCACCGAGGAGGGCAGCCAGAGGUUUCUGCAGGUGCUGAGGGAGGUGCAGGAUUAUUACGGCAGAGAUCUGCAGGUCUGGGUGGAGAGACACUGCAGGGACGAGCAUGUCAGUAAGCCAUUGCCUGAGCCUGUGAGAGCGGAAGAGAAGAAGCCUAAAGGCCCCAUUGCUAAACUGUUCAAAGGAAAGAGCAGAGGAUUCACCCUGACUACUGAGGUUAAAGCUAAAGAGGAACUGAAACCCAGCAGGAGUGUAAAGCUGGCCAACAUCCGAGUUCCUAUUUCUGCCCAUAAAACAACCCUUCUGAAACGCACAGAGCAGUUGAAGUGCUACUCAGAGGGCGAGGGCGUGGCUUCAAACUCAGCUUCUCACAUCGAGAUCCGCUACACUGACCUUUUUGUGACGGAAGAUGACGACUUAGUUGACAGCAGCCAACAUGAGUACUUUGACCUGGCGAGCAGACGUGCUCGCAUCUAUGUCCACCAGGCUUGCCAGCGUAUCCGGCCGUGCCAUCUGCUGGGACCCCAAGCAACAACGGGGCGGCCCCCCAAGCGGGUUAAAGUGAAGGGUAUUGCUGGUAUUGGAAAGAGCGUGGCAGUACAGAGACUCGUCUACGAGUGGGCGAUUGGGAAGACCAUGCGUGAAUUCACUUGUAUUUUUGACCUGCGCUUCAGAGAGCUCAAUCUGAUUGAAGCACCACUGAGCUUAUUGGAGCUGCUCGGAGAACGUUUCCGGUACCUGAAGGCGGCUCUGCCGGAUCUUUUCACGUCACCAAGCUCUCUGCUCUUCAUCUUAGAUGGAUUAGACGAGUUCAAAUUCCCCUUGGACUGGAGCGGUCCUGACAAAAACAUUGAUGUCCGUUCUCAGGUGCCAGUGUCAGAGCUGAUGUUGGCUUUAAUCAAGGGAAGCCUUCUCCCAGAGGCAUCGGUCAUUCUCACGACAAGACCGUCCACUCAAGCUCCCAAGCGUUUCUUCCAGAGAUGUUGUGUGGUGCUGGGCUUUGAGGAGGACCAGGUGAAGGAAUACACCACGAAGUUCUACAAAGACAGGGAAGUUGCUGAAAAAGUCUACAAUUACAUCUUGAACAAUGACAACCUUUUUGUGCUGUCCUUCAUCCCUCUUUAUUGCUACAUCAUCUGUACCGCCAUGGCUGAGUUCUUCUCUCAAGGAUAUCCAGAUGUCGGUGACUCAAAUUCUCUGGAGCUAAACCCGCCCAGAACAAUCAGCGAGGUUUAUUUCUGCUACCUGUUCACGGCAGUCAAGCACCAUGCGCAAAGGGGAAGUGCAGAGAGAGGCACCCCGAGAUCUGAGGUUCUCUCACUGGCAAAGCAGCAACUGACAAACCUGGGGAAACUGGCUUAUGAAAAUCUUCUCCAGAAAAAGAUCAUGUUCAGUAGAGCAGAUUUGGAGAGCUUUGGUGUUACACCUGCUGAUCUUCAGACCACCUUUCUCUGUCACAUCCUCCAGCCUCUCAGAGAAGAGACCGUGGAGAUGUUUUCUUUCUUCCACUUGACCGUUCAAGAACAUCUGGCUGCGCUCUACUGCGCAAUCAAUCUCUUCAGCCAGGAGGACAUCAUCCAAGCUCUGGACUUCUGGUGCUUUGGGAUACCUCCACCAUCCUCCACAGCUGCACCCCUGCAAAACACAGAUAGCACGGACAAGCUGGAGAGCCUCCAGAUGUUCACGCGCUUCUUCAUGGGAAUGCUCCGUGCUCGACUGGCAGGUCAGUUGGAUGGCCUUGUGAUGUGCCCCAUGGAGCGAGCGGGUGGUGUCCCCGGCCGGCUAGGUUUGUGGUUCCAAGACCAGUUUAAGGGUAGGAAGCUCAAGAACCGGGCAGCCCUGAAUCUCCUCCACUGCCUGAUGGAGUUCCACACGAAGGAAGCCACCAGCAUGGCAGCACCAGAGAUCAAGAGUCUCAACCUGUUUAAGAUGAAGCUGAGUGUCGUGGACUGUGCAGCUAUGCACUACGUGCUGCAGUUCUCGCCUCACACGCUGCAGGAGCUCAACUUAGGCUACUCCAACAUCGGAAACAGAGGACUAAACAGACUGGGGCCAAUCCUACACCGAUGUGAAUCCCUCUAUCUGAGAUACAACUGCCUGGAUAAGCAAGCAGCUAUUUUAGAAUCAACGCUUCUCAAAUCAAAUGAGUGCCAAGUUAAGAAGCUCUUCAUGUGUGGCAACAACCUGGGUCCGGAGGGGGUUUUGAAGCUGUGGAACGCGCUGGAGCACAACACCACUGUGGAGGAACUCUAUCUGGACAUCACCGGCAUCACAGAGCGAGGAACAGAAAACAUUGUCGCCUGCCUCAGCAAAAACAUCUCUCUGAAGACACUGACCAUUGUUGGGAAUGACAUCGGUGAGGUGGGGAGGAGUAGGCUGAGGGAGCUGAAGCAAUGUCGGCCAGGACUCCGAAUUAUUGCAAACUUUGUGGAUGACCUCGGAUUACUUCAGGCGUACCUGGACUGGGUGGAGGAGAUCCGGGCAGACAGAGACCAGAUGGACUCUGUGAAGAAUGCCGAUGCCCUGCAGUCGGUGCUGAAGGGGCUCCAGGUGGCAGGAGAACAGGUGGAGGAAGGACAGAACGCAGAGAAGGCCAAGGAGCUCCGGGCAAAUAUUGUAGAGUUGCUGAAGUCCUCCAAGAAUCUAAUUGGAGAAAGACAAGUUAUGUAGUAAAUUGUGUGUAUAGGUGUUGGGGGCAGAUGCUUUCCUAUAUCAUCCACUACGAGUCAACUCACAAUCGAACUUCAAUCUGUAAAAGUGGAAUUCAUAUUAUUCCGAGUGGUCUGUUUGGAGUCCUGAAGACCUUUUAACAACUCAAACAUAUACUGGACAUUCUUUUAUCUGCGUCGUUCUUCAUGACUAUUAUGAUAAUUGCUUAAAAACACGAUUUUGAACUAAUGACCUGCUUCAGAUGUCAGCUACACUGUUUGUGGUCUGAGAGACACAGUUCAUACUUUACCACAACAUGAUUCUUCUCCUCA